AUGGAGAAACGGAGCGGGAACAUGGCCACGGCGGCCGACAGCGUCGCCACGCCGAAGAAGGCGAGGACCGCGCUGCGGAGAGCCCCCGCGCCCAAGGAGGAGCCGGGGCACGAGGCCGUCGCGGGCGAGGAGCCAACGACCCUCGACGUCACCCUGCUAGCCCCGGACGCGCUGGAGUGCCCCCUCUGCUCCGCGCCAUUCGAGGCCGCGAUCUUCCAGUGCAAGAACGGGCACGCCGCGUGCCGGGGCUGCUGCGACCGCGUGCGGGGGACGUGCCCGUCGUGCCGCGCGCCCACCGGCGCCAUCCGGUGCCGGCCGCUGGAGCGCGCCAUCGCGGCGAUGCUGUUCCCCUGCGCGUUCAGCGCCGCCGGGUGCGAGCGGCGGCUCCGGAUCUCCGAGAAGCGCGCCCACGAGGCGGCCUUCUGCCAGCACGCGCCGUGCGCGUGCCCGGUCCCGGGCUGCGCCUACGCGGGCCUCUCGCUCCAUGACCACAUCCGCCUUGCGCACCAGGGCAACGGCGACAGGGACGCCGGAGCCGCCGUCCGCUUCGUCCGGGAGGCGACGGUGACGCUGCACCGGAGCAUGGUGUUCCGGGUGCUCCUCCAAGUGCCUGACUCGCGCGUGUUCCUGCUGGCUAACAGUGGGAACGUCCCCUCGGGCCGCUCGCUCUCGCUGCUCUCCCUCGGCCCGCGCCCCGACGGGGACGGCGUGCUGGAGUUCACCAUGGUGGUGCGCGCCGGCGGGGAGACUGGCGGCGCGCUCUCGCUGUCGGCGUUCGGACCCGUGCCGUGCGCGCGCCGGUGGGCGGGGCCCGAGCACCUCCCGGCCGAAGGCUUCCUGUUCGUGCCGGACGCGUACUGGAGCUCCUCCGGCAGCGUCUCCGUCACCGUCCACGUGGGCGCGGAAGUCGGCCGUGGCGCGGCGCACGGGAGGAGUCCCCGGAACAGGUAG